UGCUAUGGCAGCCGCUAACGGCCGCGGUGUUUAAACCCAAAGCCCGAGCAGCGGCGGCUACGCGCGGAGUUGCCGGCGGCGGGCAGCGGUGCCCUUCGCGCCAAGAGCGACUUAUCCAUAUUGAGGCAAGGAGGCAUGGAGAAGGAAUGGAGGCUUGGAAGAUAGGUUUUGUUCAAGCACAUGGCUAAAUACAAACCCUUUAUUAUGAUGGAGUAUCCAAGGAUGGAAGCUGACUCAGUUACCUCAGUAAUUAAGAGACGUGUGAAAGACAAAAUAAUUUCAAAAACUAAGUUGAAUGUUUCCCUUGCUUCAAAAAUCAAAACAAAAAUAUUAAACAAUUCUUCUAUUUUCAAAAUCUCUCUAAAACACAACAAUAAAGCAUUAGCUCAAGCUCUUAGUAAAGAAAAAGAGACUUCUAGAAGAAUUACAACUGAAAAGAUGCUACUGCAAAAAGAAGUGGAAAAACUGAAUUUUGAGAAUACCUUUCUCCGCCUAAAGCUAAAUAACUUGAAUAAGAAGCUUAUAGAAAUAGAAUCACUCAUGAACAAUAACUUAAUAACUGCAAUUGAAAUGAGCAGUCUUUCUGAGUUCCAUCAAAGUUCUUUCUUACUGCCAGCAAGCCAGAAGAAACAGAUGAGUAAACAGUGCAAGUUGAUUCCAUUUGCAAGGGUUCCAGUAACUUCAGAUGAUGAUGAUGAUGAUGAUGAUGAUAAUGAUGGUGUUGAUGAUAAUGAUGGUGUUGAUGAUAAUGGUAAAGAGAGAACACUGCAUGACAAUAUUGUACCAGAGAUAUCACCCAAUAUUUUAUCUUCACUAUCAACAAGACAAUCUCUAUCAACUCAAAGUAAUUUUAAAGCAUUAUAUCUUAAAGAACAUAAUCAGAAUGGGUAUAAUAUAGAUGAUUCAGAACACAUUUCUUCCAUUGACAGUGUACUUCCAACAGAAAGUCAUUGCCACUCAGACCAAACUUCAAAGAGUUCCUUGGUGAGUGAGAUGAGAAAUGACUUAUCUACCAGCCACAGAAGGGAAAAUCCAUCUCUUAGUAAUGUGACUGAAAGGAAGAAGCGUCAGUUUUCUUGGGAAUCAAAAGAUCCUAUUACAGACAUUUCCUGUGCUGUAGAUUUAGAUCACCAGCAGAUUUCAAAUCCAGGAGCAAACUGGAAUAAUGAGAUAGAUGAUCAUACUAAUGAACAAAACAACAAAAUGCAAAGAAAUACAUUAUCUUCUGAGUCUGCCAGUGAAUCAAAUGUAAAGUGCAUGGAUCAAGUUCAGAGUAAUGAUGAUCUUCAGUUGAAAAAAACUGUCCUUGAAGAUCCUGACAUGGAUUUACCAGCUAGUGAAGAAGGCAAAAUUGUUGUCAUUUCAAAAGGCAGUAAAAAUAAAAAUAUUAAAAAAACAAGUUGUGGAGUGGAAACUUUCAGGAAAGUAAGAAUCCCAAGUUCUGAAGAAAAGAGAGAAAGAUCAAAGAGAAAAUGUAAAAGUAGUUCAGAUGUAGAUACUGAAGAAAAGAUUAAAAGCAGACCAGAAAGAAGAUCUGUUCUGGAUGGCAAAAGGGAAGAUCCAAAUCUUGUUUUCAACACUGAAAAACCAAAUGAGGUAAACAUAUUGAAGAAAACAACUCUUCAGAAUAGUUCUGAUGCAGAUAACAGACAAAAUACACACUAUAAUACAAGGAAGAGAAGAAUGCAUGAAACAGACGAACAAAAGGAAGCACAUUUUUUCUUUGAAAGUUCAGACAUAGUCCCACAAGAGAAUACUCUUGAUACGGGUCAGAACUCCAUAACUUAUAAUAAAAGUAAAGCUUCUAGACAGACAUUUGUGAUUCAGAAGUUUGAAAAAGAUAACUUAGACAUCACUUCUCAAAACCCAGAUGUAGCAGGUGAAUUUCAAAUAGCUCAUCUUGCCUCCAAAGAUUAUGGAACAGUAUAUGACUAUGAAACUCAGAAUAUGCUUGAUUUGAAAAAGUCUGUCACUGAUAUUCAGCCUACUAAACAAAAUGAGUCAGAACUAAAUAAGCUUAGGCGGAAGGUAAAUCGGAGGACGAAAAUUAUAUCUGAAGUGAACCAAAUAUCUGACCAAGACAAAAGCAACUAUUUUUCCCAAACCCAAGUGAAUAAAGAAACUGUAUCUCAAAGCCUAGAAAUUUCAGAACAGUUUCAAAUACCUACUCUUUCCACAAGCGAUAAUGGAAAUUUGCAUAAUGAUGAGACACAGAACGUGUUUGGUUUGCAAAAGAUUACUAUUCCACAAAACAAAUCAAAAAUUGUUAAGCUUAGACAGAAAGUAAAUCAGAAGACAAACAUAAUUUCUGAAAUGAAUUAUUUUGAUAGUUAUGAAAGUCUGUAUUGCUCAAAAAAGGAUAACACUCUCUUCCUACAAAAGGAUAAUGAAAUCAUUCUUGGAAACCUAAAAGACUCUAGGGAGUUUCAAACACCUGAUCUUUGUACCAAAGACAGUGGAAAGCUCUGUGAUUAUGAGACUCGGAGUAUUUUGGAAAUGAAAACUCAUGUCCGUGAUAAGCAACCUGCUUAUCAAAAUGAUUCAAGAAUAGAUAAGAGGCUUAGACAUAAGGUAUAUCAAAAGACAGAAGUCAUUUCUGAAGCCAACCAGACAUAUGAGAUUGAUAACAAAGGAGAGCAUGGCGUAGAAAAAGAUCACAUAGGGUCUUUAACCCAGAAAGAAGAUACCAUUUCAGAAAAUCUAGAAAUUGCAAAUGAACUUCAAAUAGCUGGUCUUCCUACCCAACAGAGUAGAAAUUCUUUUGACCAUGAGACCCAGAAUACAUUGGAUUUGGAAAAACAUGUCACUAAUAAACAAGUUGUUCAGCAAAAUGAAUUAAAAAUAAAUAAGAAACUUAGACCGAAAGUAAAUUGGAAGACAGAAAUAAUUUCUAAAGUAAACCAAAUAUAUGAGGAUAAUGAUGCUGAUGACCAUAAAAACUAUUUUAAAGAUGAUUUUAAAAACCAAUCUAAGCAAAACCCUGAAUGCCAAGACAUUAAUGAAUCCAAUAUAGAAGUCAAUAGUAAUGAAAAGGAAAGUUGUGAUCAAAUUCCAAAUCCUUACCAGGUAGUUAAAAAACAUGGAAAAAAGUCAUCAGCCAAGGCAAAGAACAGUUUGACUAGAGAAAAGAAAAAAUCUAUUUUGCUGUUAACAGAUUCUUCACAGACAACUGUGUCCUUAGAAUCUGGUUUAAAACAUAUUACUAAGGAAGCAGAUUCAGAACCUGGAAACCAGAUUGAACUAUUUCAGAAUCAAAAGCAAAGCACUCUAAGUCAGAAUACAAAAAGAGAUAUCCCAUCUGUUGAAGUGGUAGAAGAAGAAAAGUACUCAGUCAGUAAAGUAAACAAAAAGACAUCCAAAUCAAAGAAAAGGAAGACUCUCCUAAAUCCUUCGGGUACACAGGAAGUGAUAAAGAUAAUUCCUGACACUGACCACAGAAAGCCAGUUGACUCUGCACAGGCCAAUAAGGAAAACUACUUGGAGAGUGAAAACAUUGUCAAAACUAAAUCAGACUUUUGCACAGAGAAGUUAAAACCACCUUUAUCUGAGAAAUACUCAUCUUACACACAAAAUUCUUUCUUUAACAGUGCUCAAGAUUGUUCACUACCUCUGAGUAUUUCUUCUACAAAUUUAAUACAAGAAAAUUGUGCCCUAGAGAGCUUACCCAUAUUUUCAGUAGAUGAUGUGCAUGAGAAGAUAAAAGUAGAGACGUUUAAAAUUAACCAGAGAACAAAACAAUCAGAAAUAGGUAAAAAUAAAUUGCAGGACUUGACAAAUACCUGUUUUAUUUCACAUAACACUGCUCAAUUGGAAAAUGAGUUUAAAGAUCUACCUGCAGACUUGGGAAGCAGAAAAAGAAGGUGUACACCUCUCAGUUUAAAAGAGCCAGGCCUCAAAGGGAAGAUGAGAAGAUGAGGUAAACCUAUGCAUUCUACUUCUUCUGAGUUCUCAAAAGUACAAUGAAAACAGAACAGAAGUACAGCUAGGAUUGAGAUCGACAAACACUUGAAGAAAAGUAUGUGUCUUUCUUUAUUGGACUUUCAUGUAUGUUUGUUUGUCCACUUCUGUAUUUACAUGUAUGUACAUAAGAUAACUAUUUUUAUAAUACUAACAUUUAAAAUAAUUUUGGUUACUAUGUAAUUGUUCUUGUUCAUUUAAGUUUCUGCAUAACAUCCUUGAACCAAACAGCUGUUACCCUUUUAACUGAAUAAAAUGUAUUG